CCCAUUAACAUCCCCAGCCCGACAAUUUCAAUUGGGACUAAUGCAUCCACAGGCUACAAUGAAGAUGAGGAUGAGGAGGAAGAGGAGGAUAAUGUGGACCUUAACAUCAGAAACAUUGCACUUCGAGAUGACCCUGAUAAAACAGCCAAGACACGGGCUAUCCUGUCACAGUUCACAGGGGAACAGAUGGAAAGAUUCGAGUUCUUUCGGAGAUCUCGUUUCAAAAAAUCUGAAAUGAGAAAGAUGUUACUGACCAUCACUGGAAUGCGGACAGUUUCUGAGCCAAUGGUAGUUGCAGUUUCAGCCACUGCAAAAAUGUUUGUUGGUGACAUUGUUGAGACUGCUAGAACUGUUAUGACCGAGAGGAAGGAAUCCGGUCCUAUUCGGCCUUGCCACAUCAGAGAAGCAUAUAGAAGACUGAAGCUUGAAGGCAAAGUACCAAGGAGAUCGGUGCCGAGGCUCUUCUAGGUUAUGGGGCCAGACAUGCAUCCUUUCUUUCUAGAAUUGCUAGCAUGUAUUUGACAAUCAGGCUGGUAGAUCAAGGUGUAGAUUGCAUCCAUAGACCACAUUUAUGCUCGAUCCAUUUUAUGCCAAACUGGAGGGCAGGACCAUAUCACAUUUAAAAAAUUAGCUUAAUCUGCAUAAAGUUGUAGGAUUCGGCCUUUUCUUGUAUACAGCAGUUUCUUGGUUCUUUUGUGAAUGAAAUUUGGAGUAAAGUGAA